AUGAGAAGUGUGACAAGGAAUAGUGUGUUAAUAUUUCUAAUAUUUUUCAUUUUUAUAUUUGCUUCAUAUCUUAAAUUGACAAGUGAUAUGAGAAAUGGAGAUUUAACAAAAAUUGAGCUAGUAAAUAAUUUAGAAAGAGCAUUGUCAGCAUCAGAAGAAUUAUUAAAAGAAAAUAAAGAAUUACGAAAUAUUAUUAAUAAAAUAAUUAAUAAAAAAGAUGGAAUAUUUAAUGAAAGUAGUGAUUUAAAAAAAGUUGAUAAGAUUGAGAAAAAUUUAUUAGAAUCAAAUAAAAUUAAUUUUUCUAUUAAUAAUCAUUAUUCAAUAAAGCAUGAAUCUUUAUUAAAAGAAGCUAUAAGAAAUACUAGGGAAAUGUAUUAUUUUGUUAAGGCUUCUUUAUCAAAAAUUAAUAAUAAAAUAUUAGAAGAAGAUGCAGUAGAAAGAUUAAUAUCAUUAAAUGUUGAUAUAAAAAAACUUUAUAAUGAUGGUAGUUUAUGGAGAUCAGGGGAAUUAAAAAAAUUAUCUAACUUUAUACAAAAAAAGAUAUAUACACUUCAAAAUCCAAAAGAUUGUGAAAAGACUAACUUUAUGGUUUGUAACUUAGAUAAAGGAUGUGGUUUUGGUUGUCAAUUACAUCAUGUAGCAUUUUGUUUUUAUAUGGCACUUGGUACUAAUAGAACAUUACUUUUUGAAAAAGAUGGUACUGAUUGGAGAUAUUCAAAAAAAGGAUGGGAAUCAGUUUUUCAACCAAUAUCUAAUUGUUCUUUUGAAAAACAUGCAAAAAAUAAACCUUCAAUUACAUGGAGUGGUACUAGGAGUAUGAGAAGUAAAAAUGCUGUAAUAAAAAUACCAAUAAUAGAUUAUAUAUCACCUAAACCAGAUUUUGUUCCAUUAGCAUUACCUAAAGAAUUAAGUGAUAAAAUGAUAGAAUUACAUUCAUUUCCAACAGCUUAUUUUACUGGACAGAUAUUGUCAUAUGCCAUGCGUCACAAUGAUAAAUUUGAAAAAGAAUUUUUAAAAUAUGUAGAAGAGGUACCAUUUAAAAAAACACCAAUUGUUGGUAUUCAUGUAAGGAGAACUGACAAAAUUGGUACAGAAGCAUCAUUUCAUGAUGUUACAGAAUACAUGAAUCAUGCUGAAAUUUUUUUUCGAGAAAAAGAAAUAGAAAUGGAAAAUAAAUUAGAUAGAAAAGUAUUUAUAGCAACUGAUGACUCAACAGUAAUAACAGAUUUAAGAAAAAAAUAUCCAAAUUAUACAUUUUAUGGAGAUGAAAAAAUUGCUAGUAAUGCUGGUCUUGGAAAAAGAUAUGAAGAUGAAUCAUUACAUGGUACCUUUUCAUCACAAGUUAGUAGAAUGGCAUAUGAAUUAAUGCAAGUUGAGUCUCCAGAUGAUGCUGGAUACAAUUAUGCUUCUAUUGAUGAUGUUUAUUAUUUUGGAGGCCAACAAACUCACAAUUUAAGAGCUAUAAAAAGUCAUAAAAGUUUGACAAAAGAAGAAAUUUCUUUUGAAAAAGAUGCUUUAAUUGGAAUCUCAGGUAAUCAUUGGAAUGGAUGGAGUAAAGGUACCUUAGUUGGUGGAAAUCAUGAAACAGGUUUAUUUCCUAGUUAUAAAGUUGUUGAAGACUGGAAGAUUGUAGAGAUGCCAGUUUUUAGUGGAUUUAUAUAA